AUGGCUCCUCCAACUAUGUUACAAAAUGCUCAAGUAGCAACCCAAUUCACUCUUUCCACCUCCGGUGAAAACACAAUCAGAUUAACCUCUGAUGCUGAAAACAACGCCGAUGUUAAGUUCGCCAACUGGGAUAAGUUCAAAUUUGCCCCAAUUAGAGAAUCCACCGUUUCUCGUGCUAUGACUAGACGUUACUUUGCUGAUUUGGACAAGUACACUGAAUCAGAUGUUGUUAUUGUCGGUGCUGGUUCCGCCGGGUUAUCUGCUGCUUAUGUCUUGGCCAAGAACAGACCAGACUUGAAGAUUGCCAUUAUUGAAGCUUCUGUCUCCCCAGGUGGUGGAUGCUGGUUAGGUGGUCAAUUAUUCUCUGCUAUGGUCUUGAGAAAACCAGCUAACAUAUUCUUGGAUGAAUUGGAUAUUGCUUAUGAUGAUGAAGGUGACUAUGUUGUUGUAAAGCACGCCGCAUUAUUCAUGUCUACUUUAAUGUCUAAAGUCUUGCAAUUCCCCAAUGUUAAAUUAUUCAAUGCUACUGCCGUUGAAGAUUUAAUCACUCGUCGUGAUGAAACCACUGGUGAAUUAAGAAUUGCUGGUGUUGUCACUAACUGGACUUUAGUUGCUUUAAAUCACGAUACCCAAUCUUGUAUGGAUCCAAACACUAUCAACUGUAACAUCGUUUUGUCAACCACUGGUCACGAUGGUCCAUUUGGUGCUUUCUCUGCUAAGAGACUUGAAUCCUUGGGUAAGGCACCUAAAGAUGUCACUCAAGGUUUCAAACCACAACUGGAACAAAACACUACUGCCACCGCUCCAGCUGACGGGUUCCAAUUAGGUGGUAUGAGAGGUCUUGACAUGAACAAGGCCGAAGAUGCUAUUGUUAAAGGUACCAGAGAAGUUGUUCCUGGUUUGGUUAUUGCUGGUAUGGAAUUGGCUGAGGUUGAUGGUUCAAACAGAAUGGGUCCUACUUUUGGUGCCAUGGCUCUUUCCGGUGUUAAGGCUGCUGAAGCUGUCUUGAACUCUAUUGACCAUAGACAAAAACAAAACCAAACUGGUUAUGGUUCUGCUUAA